AUGAACACUGCAGAGAGACAGCCUAAAUUUGCCCUCAUAACUGGUGGCACAAGAGGAAUUGGUUAUGGUAUAGCAAAGAAACUUGCUGAAUCAGGUCACGAUAUGAUUCUUGGUUACAGCUCAAACCACGAACGAGCUGAGAAGGUUCGCAGUUACGCCAUUUCACUCGCUCCUCGAAGAAUAACCUGCAAUUGCAUAAUCCCUGGUGUUACAAAAAGCGAUGCCGGAGUACUAGUAUUUGGACAAGGAGACGAAAAGAAAUUUGAGGAAACUGCAGCAAAAAUGUGUCCAAUGAAAGCUGGCAUUGCACCUGAAGAUAUUGGAGAAGCUGCGGCAUUCCUCUGCUCAUCAAAGGCUUCUUUCAUCACUGGUGUUAAUUUGGAUGUUGACGGAGGCCUUCGAUUUCGAUUGAGAUGA